CUGAUGUCCCGGCGCAUUUAUGGCCCCAUCUGGAAGUCAACCUUUGGGCAUUAUGAGAACAUCAACAUCGGGAGCCCGGUAGUGCUGGAGCAGCUGCUACGUCAGGAGGGCAAGUACCCCAUGCGGAGCGACAUGGCCCUGUGGAAGGAGCACCGGGACACCCGGCGCCUGCCCUACGGACCCUUCACCGAGGAAGGGGAGCGCUGGUACCGCCUGCGCUAGGUCCUCAACAACCCCUCAGGGGUGCUGGUGGGGGACGUGGCCAACCUGCUCUACCGCUUCGCCCUGGAAGGGAUCUCCUAUAUCCUGUUUGAGACCCGAAUUGGGUGCCUGAAGCAGCAGGUCCCCGCUGAGACCCAGCGCUUCAUCGACUCCAUCAACCUCAUGUUCAAGAACUCUAUCUUCGCCCCCGUCCUGCCCCGAUGGAGCCGCAAGGUGCUGCCCUUCUGGGACCGCUACCUGGACAGCUGGGACACCAUCUUCGCCUUCGGCAAGACCCUGAUUGACCGAAAGAUGGAGGAGCUGGAGGGGCAGGUGGAGCGGGGCAAGGAGGUGUCUGGCUACCUGAGCUACCUGCUGGCCAGCGGCAGGCUCAGCCUGGACGAGGUCUAUGGCAGCGUGACCUCCAACACACUGUCCUGGGCCCUCUACCACCUCUCCCGGGACCCGGGCAUCCAGGAGACCCUGUACCAGGAGCUCAAAGCCGUCGUGCCCAGCAACCGGUUUCCUGGUGCUGAGGAUAUCCCCAAGAUGCCAAUGCUUCGGGCUGUUAUCAAGGAGACGCUGAGGGUCUACCCCGUGGUGCCAACCAACGCCAGGGUCUUCUACGAGAAGGACAUUGUCAUC